AUGGUUGCCUGGAAGCUCCAAUCCCUGCUCUUGCUCUCCUUGAGGGCUCUCAAUGCCUUCGCGCUUGAGGUUGAGAAUGUCAAGGAAGUGCCUGAGGCUCAGACACCGAACCUGAACGUCAAGAUCUCGGCCUCAUUUCCCCAGUCCGAGAUCUUCGGUGUAAAGCUCAUCAAUGGUCAUGCCUCGGAAGCUCGCCUGUCCAUCGCCAACAAUGAGCCCAAGCCCAUUGGCGUGAGCAUCGUUGGUGGCUCGCUGCUCCAGGAGGUCAACGGCCAGUCUCAGGUUGUGCGCAACCUUACUUCCCAAAAGUACUCAAUCGAGAUCCCCGCCGGCGCAGAAGAGACCGUGCCCUACACCUUCACUACCGACCUCUACCCCCAGGAUCUCCGCCUACAGCUCACCGCUAUUCUGAGGAACUCUGAGAAUGCCGUUUUCACCGUCGCCGCCUACAACGAGACUGUCUCUAUCGUCGAGAGGCCUACUAGCAUCCUCGACCCUCAGAUUAUCUUCCUGUACCUCGUUCUCCUCGGCGCCUUCGCUGGAACCGUCUACUUCAUCUACAACACUUGGAUCACCACCUUCUUCCCCCAGAAGAAGGGCCGCGGCAAGGGUGGCGAGCGCGCCAAGAAGUCCUCCCAGGGCUCCAAGAAGGUCGACCCCGCUGAGCAGGUUGCUGUUGUUGGUGCCGAUGGCCCAGCUGUCACUUCCGGUGCGAAGUACGAUGAAAGUUGGAUCCCUGCCUCCCACCUGCAGCGCCCCGAGGCGAAGCGCGUCCGCAGCGGGACACCAAAGGUCAAGCCCAGGGCUUAG